AUGGCCUCUAUUCGCGUUCUUUCCUUCGAUGCUGAGGGCCGUCCCGUGCAGUUCACUUCCUGGCUCGAUGACCUGCAGUUGUAUCUUAUGAGCAAUAGCACGGACCACAUCUCCCUCUAUGACUACGCGUCUGGUGCUGCCGCUGCUCCUGCUGCCACAGCCGAGCUUAGUGUACGUUCACAGUGGCAGACUCGUGACGCUGCAGCUCGCCUGGCUAUUCGCAGUCACCUGCCGUUAGCUGAGCUAGAGCACUUUGGCGACUGCAAAACCGCUAAGGCCCUAUAUGACGCUGUCGUUGCUCGCUACUCCUCACCUGCCACAGCCGAGCUUAGCCGUCUCAUGCUGCCUUACCUGUUCCCUGACCUGUCCACCUUUGCUACAGUCGCCGAUCUUAUCACCCACCUUCGCACUAGUGAUGCUCGCCUGCGUGCCGCCCUUCCCACCGAGUUCUGCGCUAAGAACCCCCCUCCCCUGUACUGGACACUCCACUUCAUAGUCACCCGUCUCCCUGACACCCUCAGCUCAGUGCGCGACUAUUUCCUUGCUCGCUGUCCCACUGAGCUCACUGUCGCCCUCCUAGAGGAGAAGCUGCUAGCAGCCGAGAAGAGCAUUGUGGCUGUUGGUGCUGCUCGCGGCGCUCCUCGCACCCCCAUCUUUGAGGGGUGCUCUCCCUCUCCCCUCGCUCCCUCCUAUGCUACUGCUGCUGCUGUUGACUUCCUUGGUGCUGAGUCUGCUGGCGCUGCUUCUGCUCCUAGUGGGAGGCGCCGCACCGGCAAGGGCAAGGGGGGCAAGGGUGGCGGGGGUGGCGCUGGGGGGGGAGGGGGUGGGGGAGGUGGGGGGGGAGGCGGUGCUGGAGGGAGCGGUGGCGGGAGUGCCGGUGGGAGUGGGGCCGGCGGCGGAGGCGGGGGCGGCGGCGGGAGCAGUGGCGGUGGUGGCAACGGCGGCGGUGGCGGUAGUGGCGGUGGCGGUGGCGGUGGUGGCGGUCGGAGCGGAGGUAGUGGCGGCGGUGGAGGUCGGAGUGGAGGCACCGGCUCGGGCCAGAGCUCCCAGCAGCAGCAGCGUCCCCAGUCGACCCAGCAGCUUCGUGAGUGGCUUGCUCAGCGUGGGACGUCGGGGGGCAGUGGCCGCUGUUCCUAUGUCAUUCGCACAGGUGAUCGCAAGGGGCAGACGUGUGGAAAGUUCCACACUCAGUACCGCUGCUUCUUCCGCCUUGACGACGCUUGGCGUGAGGAGAUGGGCGAGGAUGUUGAGCGCCCUCGCUGGGCUGAGCUGAUGAGGGCUGGUGUUGAUAUCUUUGCUCUUGACUAUGAUGCUAUUAUUGCUGCCAUGUAUGCAUUGACUGUUAGUGCCGAGGGAGACUGUUACUUGUGUGUGCCGCCUGACCCAGGUAUAGAGCCCGCUGCCCUAGGUGCUAGUGAGUCUGCUCUCUCUGGUAUGGUGCCCCCUGUACCUGCUCCCUCCAGUGCUGUCCCGGCUGUUUGCGAGUCUGCUCUCUCAGGUACAGCACCCACAGAGACUGCUCUCUCAGGUACCGCACCGGCUGAGGCCUGUCACACCUUCACCCUUGACUCAGGUGCUUCCCGCUGUUUCUUUCGUGACAGUACUGAGCUCACACCGCUUCCUGCACCGGUCCCAGUCUCCUUGGCUGACCCCUCUGGGGGCCCAGUCCUUGCCCAGUCCACCACUGUGCUCCCUUGUCCGGCGGUUCCGUCUGGCUCGUUGACGGGUUUCCACCUCCCCUCAUUCUCGACGAACCUGGUGAGCAACGCUGUCAUCCAGGAUCAGUGGGUUGACACCUUUACCCCUGGAGGACAGCGUGUGGCGAUCUGCACGUGCUCCAGGACCGGCCGUCACCUGGCUACGUUUACCCGUCGGCCGGGGUCGAGUCUCUACACACUGACCACUGCGUCUCCUCAGGUCGCUGCUGUCGGUCAGGUGUCUGCGUCAGGUCUGGUAGCCCACGCCUGUGAGUGUCGUUCCCUGUCGCACCAGACUCUUCUCUGGCACCACCGCCUGGGUCACCCCUCCUUGCCACGCCUUCGUGGCAUGCACCGUCGCCACCUUGUGUCUGGUCUUCCCAGGUCCCUCCCUCCCCUCCCUGCCUCGCCUGCGCCGCCUUGCCUUCCUUGUGUCGAGGGGCGGCAGCGCGCCGCUCCUCACUCCUCCUCGUUCCCCCCGACAGAGGCUCCUCUGCAGACCCUCCACCUGGACGUGUGGGGCCCAGCCCGCGUUCGUGGUCAGGGCGGUGAGCGGUAUUUUUUGCUGGUUGUCGACGACUACUCGCGUUACACCACGGUCUUCCUCUUGCGCACCAAGGGUGGUGAGUUCUCCUCCGAUCUCUUGAGGACCUUCUGUCAGGCGGAGGGCAUUGAGCAGACCUUCACGCUUCCGGACUCCCCACAGCAGAAUGGGGUUGCUGAGCGCCGCAUUGGCCUGGUCAUGGAGGUCGCUCGUACCUCCUUGGUCCACGCGGCGGCUCCCCAUUUUCUGUGGCCGUUUGCUGUCCGGUACGCAGCGCAUCAGCUCAACCUCUGGCCCCGUGUCUCCUUGCCGGAGACCUCGCCCACACUGCGUUGGACAGGGGAGGUUGGCGAUGCGUCGCGCUUCCGGGUGUGGGGUGCUCGUGCCCUUGUCCGCGAUACGUCCGCGGACAAGCUCUCCUCCCGCACGCUUCCCUGUGUCUUCCUUGGCUUUGUCCCUGACGCGCCUGGCUGGCAGUUUUACCACCCCACCUCGCGCCGGGUCUUCGCCUCUCAGGAUGUCACCUUUGACGAGUCGGUCCCUUUUUACCGUCUCUUCCCCUACCGCACUGCCCCCCUCCCUCCCCCACCGCUUUUCCUUGCUCCUGGCCCCCCUCCGGUAGACCCCCUUCCCCCUCAGGGUCCUGCUCCUUCAGGUGUCUCUCAGGUAGACCCUCCUCCCGUCGCUGAGCCUGUCGAGGUCACAGGUGACUCAGGUGCUGCUGCAGGUGGUACUGCUGGGAGUGCUGAGCCUGGGGGUGCUGAGCCUGCGGGUGCUGGGCCUGGGAGUGCUGGGACUGCGGGUGCUGGAGCUGAGGGUACUGUGCCUGAGAGUUUGCCGCCUGGGGGUGCUGAGCCUGGGGGUGCUGCGACUGAGGGUGCUGAGCCUGCGUGUGCGGAGUCUGGGGGUGCUGAGUCUGGGGGUGCUGAGCCUGCGGGUACUGAGCCUGGGGGUGCUGCUGCUGAGCCUACGGAGCCUCGGGUUGCUGCGUCUAGGGGUGCUCCGGUUCGGGGUGCUGAGCAGUCUCUCACACCGCAGCAGCUUCGUGACUGGUACGUCCGGCGCUUCCGCCGUCCUCGUGGCUCGGCUGGAGUUUGGGGUGCUGGAGCUGCUCGUCCUGGGGGUACUGGAGCUGCCGGGACUGGUUGUUCUGGGAGCACUACGACUGGAGCUGCUGGAGCUGGGGACUCUGGCGCUGGCGGUGCUAGCGGAGUUGGAGCUGCCGCCUCUGGGGGUACUCUUCCUAGCGGUGCUGCGGACCCUGGGGGUGGCGCUGCUGCUGGUGCUGCGGACCCACCUGGUGGAGCUGCUGCUGGAGCUGAGGACCCGAGCGGUGGCGCUGCUGCUGGUGCUGGGGACCCGGACGUUGGAGCUCCUGCUGGUACUGAGGACCCGGCCGCUGGAGUCUCUUCUGCUUCUGGAGACGCUGCGCGGCCGCGACCGUACUUCGUACCGCUCCUUCAGCAGGUUCUUGGGCAGGCUCCUCCUCCUUGUCCUCCUCCCUCCGUCGAGUGUCCUCCGCCUGUCCAGCCGCAGUCACAGUUACCGCCUACCUCGCCUCUCCCUGCUCCCUCUCCUUACACUGGUCCCACAGGAGGUCUUGCAGAGCGUCGUGAGCCUGAGUCUCGUCCUGCGUCGCCUGUCCGUACUGCUCGCACUGGUCGUCGUGUCCGUCGUGAGCGUCCUCCUCCUGUCCCAGGCACUCACUACAUGACUCUGCGUCCCUCUACUGCUCCUCAGCGUGUCCCUCUGCCGUCUCCUCCUGCGUCCUCUUUGCCUGCUGUUCCGGACCCUGAGUCUGACCGGUAUCGUGCUGAGCACCCUACUGUCACGCGUCUCCUAGCUACUGUUGUCACUGACCCUACCUUUGAGUCCUCGGCUGCGUCUGCUCUGGUCGCUGAGUUGGUUGACUUUGCUGCUGCCUGUCGUCUAGACUACGCUGCUCGCCUUGUUGCUGGGUCUGAGUCUGCGUCUGUCUGUCCUCCGUCCGUCGGGGGUGAGUGUGCUCUUGGCACGGACGUCCUUGAGGACAGGCAGGAGGACUUUGACUCUCUCGCGGCUGCUGUACCUCAUCUCGUGGCCUCGUUGCUUGCCCCUGAGGGAGACCCGGAUGCACUAGACAUCCCCACUCCGCGCACUUACGCAGAGGCGAUCUCGGGUCCCUACUCCUCUCAGUGGCAGAUAGCCAUGGACGCAGAGAUGGCAUCCUGGAAGUCCACAGGCACCUACGUCGACGAGGUUCCCCCUCCUGGGGCGAACAUCGUCGAUGGCAUGUGGAUUUUCAGGGUGAAGCGGCCGCCAGGUUCUCCGCCUGUCUUCAAGGCUCGUUACGUUGCUAGAGGCUUCAUCUACGGUCUCUGCCAGGCGCCACGCGAGUGGCACGACACACUGAGGACUACACUUGCGGCUCUUGGGUUCGCGCCGUCUACUGCUGACCCGUCGCUGUUUCUGCGCACAGACACGUCGCUGCCGCCGUUCUACAUUCUCGUGUACGUCGACGACUUGGUCUUUGCUACUGCUGACACUGAGGCACUCGCUCGUGUGAAGUCGGAGCUGCAGAAGAGACACACCUGCACUGACCUGGGUGAGCUGCAUAGCUACCUUGGCUUGCAGAUCACCCGGGACAGAGCUCGCCGCACCAUCACCCUGACUCAGUCACACAUGGUGCAGCAGGUCCUUCAGCCCUUCGGCUUCCAGUUCUCCUCUUCACAGGCCACACCUCUGGCUACCAGCCACUCGCUCUCAGCUCCACCUCCGGACGAGUCCGUAGAGCCGAGUGGCCCGUACCCAGAGCUUGUGGGCUGCCUCAUGUACCUGAUGACUUGCACGCGACCUGACCUCGCGUACCCUCUUAGCAUCCUUGCUCGUUACGUUGCGUCUGGGAGACACAGGCGAGAGCACUGGGAGGCUGCUAAGAGGGUGUUGCGCUACUUGUGCAGUACAUCAGGCAUGGGGCUGGUGCUUGGAGGACGCGACAGAGUUGUCCUCACUGGCCACUCGGACGCUUCUUGGGUGGACGACCUGGCUACGCAGCGGUCGUCACAGGGUUACACCUUCAGCCUUGGCUCAGGUUCUGUCUCGUGGCGGUCCACCCGCUCUUCCUCUGUUCUCGGCUCUAGUUGUGAGGCUGAGAUCUACGCCACAGCCAUGGCUGCACAGGAGUUACGCUGGCUCACCUACCUGCUGACUGACUUGGGAGAGCGGCCUAGUUCUCCUCCAGUUCUGUACGGUGACAACAAGGCGGCUCUUGCCUUGUGUCAGGAGCACAGACUGGAGCACAGGACGAAGCACAUUGCUCUUCGCUACUUUCUUGCUCGAGAGCUUCAGCAGCGCGGUCAGCUUCGGCUUGUGUACGUGGACUCGAAGGCCAACACUGCUGAUAUCUUCACCAAGGCGCUCCCGCCUAGUGAUCAUCAGCGGCACUGUACUUCUUUAGGCCUUGUGUCCACGUUUCCUCACUUGCUCACUGCUUGA